ACAACCUUUGGAGCGACCAGAGCCUGGAGACAGACCCUGACCUCCCCCCAGGCUGGAGGAAAAUUCGUGACUCUCUCGGCACCUACUACUGGCAUGUGCCGACCGGCACGACGCAGUGGCAGCACCCAGCACGCACCACUGGCCCAGGAGGGCGCCCAGAGGCUGAUGGAGAGGAGACACUCCAGGGAAUGGACUGCCAGGCCCCUGCGGUGAAGCACAUGGCAAAGGACAGGCCCAUUCCAAGCCCCAUGGCUUCGCUGUCCCGGAGGACCUCGCUGCCCUGGCACGGAGAUGAUUUCCAGCACAGCACAGAGCCUGGCUCCAAGUGCUUCGCUGUCCGCUCGCUGGGCUGGGUGGAGAUCCCUGAGGAGGACCUGGCACCUGGCAAGAGCAGCAUCGCUGUCAACAACUGCAUCCAGCAGCUCUCCAACAGCCAGGGCCAGGGCUCUGCGGGCAACCAGGGCGAGGGCCAGGACCUGGUGAUGAUCCUGAAGAAGGACACAAUGAGCCUGGUGGACCCCCUUGACCGCAGCCUCAUCCACCACCAGCCCAUCCUCAACAUCCGCGUCUGGGGUGUUGGCUGCAACAACGGCAG